UCUCUCCCUUUCUCCCUCCAGAGACAAGAUGGCGGCAACAGGUCAGGGCAAGUUGGUGGUGGUGGUGGUGGUGGUGGCGUGCCUGGCCCUGCCCCAGCUGGUGUCUGGCCACGCUUAUGAGUUUGGCACCUGCAAGGCAAUCCCAGGAUCCCAAAGUUUCCAGCCUGAUCAGUUAACAGGCAUGUGGUACGUGGUCAAGAUCUUCAGCACCAACAGUCGCUGCAUGACGGUCACCUUCAACAGGACAGCUGACGGGUUCACUGCGACGGAAAAGAGAGAACUGUUUUUGGGCCGAAAAGUUGGGCUGGACCACACGCUGACCAACACUGGCUUCUUCACUAUCAAGAACGCCAAUGUGCCUUCCAAGAUGACUGUCAGCUGGCCGUCUAACUUCCUGGGCCCUGCAGACGUGACAGUAGUGGACAUCCAGCCAACCUCCUUCGCUGUGAUCUAUGAGUGCAAGUCCUUGUUUGUAGUAAGGCGAACUUCUGCAGUCAUUCUGAGCCGCCAGCCCUCCCUGGACCCUGAGGUGUUGGCCAGGAUUGAGAAUGACCUGAGUUCUCUGAAUAUCGACGUUACUGACUUCGAUAUUAUGAACCACGAGAACUGUAACCAACCAGGCGAGGCAGACUUCAACUUCGAUGUUAACGAGUAUAUUGGUGACGGCUUCAUCAAGAGGGGGAAGGGCCAGGGGGGGCAGGGGGGUGACGGGGGUGAGGGACAGGGGGGCCAGGGAGAGGGGGAGGAGGUAGGGGAGAAUUUCGAUGCUGGAUUUAUUAAUUUUGACGGUGUGAGUGAUGGGGAGAAUGAGGUGCUGGGGAAGUGAGGGGGGGGAGAGGGAGGAGAGGGAGAGAGGGAGCGUAUAUGUAAACAAUAACAAAAUAUUUAGAUAACAAUAAUUAUGUCAGGGAAAAAGUUAAUUAAGUGCAGAUAAAUGAAAGAAAUAAAUUAAAUGUAUGUUAUAAUUGACGAAAACAAGAAAUAAUUGAUAGAAAAUACUUCUUAGAGAGAGAGAGAGAGAGAGAGAGAGAGAGAGAGAGAGAGAGAGAGAGAGAGAGAGAGAGAGAGAGUGACUAUAAA